AUGAACACUCUCACGCAAAAACUCAUUGAAAAGCAGUCAAAAGUCGGGGGCCGGGAGUACCUUUCUGCGAACCGCGCUGCGCAAAGUUUGCUCGACUCUGUCAAAUCGCGUGCACCUUCAAAUGAACAGCUGGAGUUCGCUGCUGGGGAGGCGGAGGGGCCCUUGAGUGAGGAGAGCGAUAUGUCAAUGACGGAGUGCUCUCCCGGAACUUUCGUCGAGUUGAGGAGAAACGAGGGCUUAGCUCAUGGCGUCGUCCUUGGGGAAACGUUCAUCGAAACCUCAAGGUAUACUAUGACCCUUGUGGCGAACGGGGAGCUUUGGAUUCAUAAUGAAGGUGAUAUCAUGUUCUCCAUACCCGCGUUCACUUCUGCGCAACAGGCGAUACGAUGUGGCUUCGAGAAAAUAGCAACCUCCCAGCACGAGAUCAACGCACGCGUAGAAGUUCUUAAACGCUUACGGGCGCUCGAGAACGCCGUUGAGGAGGAGCAAACUUUGCUCACUGGCAAGCGUAUGAACUUGUAUGCUGCUACUAGGCAUCAUGAUCCAAAGAAGUGGGGUCGAGCAACGUUAGGCGAGAUGACAAGGCUUCUUAAUAAGACGCCAUCCGUUGCGACCGUAUUUGCCGCCCACAAAUACAUUAUGGACCAACCGAAAUACUUCGUAGCUCGUGAACCUUAUACGUCAACGCAAACCUUCAAUGUCCGUCCACAAGAAGACGUGGCUUGCAUUGAAGCUAUCAAUAACUGGAAAAGGAUACCCAAUGGGCCUUUACAUCAAUUUGCCGAAAAGGCGAGGGCUGUAAUAAAACAGAGCAAGCAGGAUUAUUCUGAAUCUUUCAGUGAACCUCCGAGCCAGCAACCAGCCGAGCAAAUAUGGAACAACUCCGACAAAGUCAUCUUGUCCUUCCUCCUUCGCUCGUUGCGUCCAUUCCGAUCAACGCAGUCGGAUCCAUACUCUCUGGGACAAAGUGCCAUCAUGAAGUUACUCGAUCCACAUGGCCCACCAAUAGCGGACUAUCUUGUCUACCGAAUGCUGGUCGACCUUAGGGUGAUUGCCCCCUGGCAGGACGUCGUUUCGUUAAAUCCCGCUCUUGAUUUAGACCAGGAACCAGAAGUGACAUCAUCUCGUGUCAAGGAGAAAGAUGCUAUUGUCAAACGAUCAUUUGCAUCAAAACCUCUCCCAAAUAGCCCUUUAGGUCCAGAAGAUUUUUAUCCCGCAGAUCCUCUACAUUCUGUACGGCACGACUUUGGGAAUUUGCCCGUAUAUGUCAUUGAUGACCUACAUGCCGAAGAACUUGACGAUGGCAUUUCUGUUGAAGCUUGUCCUGGAGAGGAUGCUACAUGGGUGCAUACACACGUCGCGGAUCCAGCUUCUAUCAUCCCACCGUCUCACAUACUCGCGAAAGAGGCUAUGGCUCGAGGGUCAACAACCUACCAGUGUCACCGCUCGUGGCCUCUCUUUCCACGCACGUUGACGCAACGUGGCAUGUCUUUGGGCUCAGGCUUGGGCUCGGGGUCGCCAGAUCGCACGCUUACGUUCAGUGCAAAAGUGGAUUCAGGAGGUAACAUUUUGGACUAUAGAGUGCGCGCUGGCCUCGUUCGUAACGUUCACGUUUUGAACUAUAAUGCUGUGGAUGAAGUUAUGGGGUUCGACCCCGCUGUUAAAUGGUAUCCAUAUGGAGGAGUGCCGAAGCCAGCGAAGACCAAGAUUGAGCUGACGCCAGAUCAGAAGAAUGACCUCCGUCUCCUGUAUCGCGUUGCUAACUCCUCCGUGGAUAAGCGGCAGCGAGACGGGGUGGUCAUGUAUAUCCUUCCAAACGCCCAGAUUGAGCAUUUCAAGCUUCCACCUGGGCUCAAUAGUCCGACAUUGGAGAACUCUCGCUUCAGAGGCUUCCCCUCGUUUAACGUUGCAGUAUCAAGUAUAGACGAGAUUGACAGGGGCUCACGCAGUCUCGUGGCGGAGAUGAUGAAGUUUGCCUGCCGUGUCGCAUCUCGGUUCUGCACAGACAAAGGUCUGCCUGCUUUACGACGGACGGGCGAGCCAAUGAAGAUGAACUCCGAGGCCGCCUUGGAGAGGAUCUUGAGUCUGCGAACACCUAGAAACUACGUCCCGCUAGAAUCCGUCCUACCUGACUUGCUGUUGGUACCCAAGGCUGGGUACUCUUUGAGUCCAAAGCGCCAUUACAGUCUUGGACUUCCGGAGGGCGAGGGAUAUGUUCGCGUGACGUCCCCACUGCGACGGUUCUCGGAUUUGAUGUUCCACUGGCAGAUUCACCAUGCAUUAAUAGGAUCAAAGACGAAGCCUCUGUUUGACGAAGCUGCCUUGGUUAACUAUCUUGCUGCCAACGCAUCGCAGGAGAAGAUACAGUCACACGCGGACCGUGUUCACGUUACGUUUUGGCAGCUGAUGAAACUGAAGCGGUGGAUGGAAGAAAGAGAGCGAUCAGGCCCUGUGGAGAAUGACCCGCUGGAAAAUCUGCAAGGGUUCGCGACAAAUGUACCUUUUCAAAAUAAGUCGGAGCAUAUACUCCAGGGCGAUGUUAUCAUACCGAGUCUAGGGCUAAAAGGCACUGUACGGAAUGCGGAGAUGUGGCCUCUUUCAACUCGGCUUUCAUUGAAAAUCAAAGAUAUCCAGCUUGGAGUUAAUCUAAAGGUUAUUGUGGAGGCGAAGGAGGUAGUGUAG